GCGGGCCGAUGCCCCCGCAGCAGGGGGACCCCGCGUUCCCGGGCCGCUGCGAGGCGCCGCCCGUGCCGCCCCGCCGGGAGCGUGGGGGGCGCGGGCCCGGGGCGCCAGGGGGCCGGGGGCGCGCUGGCGGCGCGGAGGGGCGCGGCGUCAAGUGCGUGCUGGUCGGCGACGGCGCGGUGGGCAAGACCAGCCUGGUGGUGAGCUACACCACCAACGGCUACCCCACCGAGUACAUCCCCACCGCCUUCGACAACUUCUCAGCUGUGGUUUCCGUGGAUGGGCGGCCAGUGAGACUCCAGCUCUGUGACACUGCAGGACAGGAUGAGUUUGACAAGCUCCGGCCUCUGUGCUACACGAGCGCCGACAUCUUCCUCCUGUGCUUCAGUGUCGUGGGCCCCUCCUCCUUCCAGAACGUCAGUGAGAAAUGGGUGCCGGAGAUUCGCUGCCACUGUCCCAAAGCCCCCAUCAUCCUCGUGGGGACGCAGUCGGAUCUCAGAGAAGACGUCAAAGUCCUCAUCGAGCUGGACAAAUGCAAAGAGAAACCCGUGCCCGAGGAGGCGGCCAGGUUGUGCGCUGAGGAGAUCAAAGCCGCCUCCUACAUCGAGUGCUCGGCCUUGACUCAGAAGAACCUCAAAGAGGUCUUUGAUGCAGCCAUCGUCGCCGGAAUCCAGUACUCGGACUCUCAGCAGCAGCCCAAGAAGUCCAAGAGCAGGACUCCGGACAAGAUGAAGACCCUGUCCAAGUCCUGGUGGAAGAAGUAUUGCUGCUUUGUAUGAUGCUGGUGGGGCCCCGACGGGCUGCGCCCCGACGGACUCCGCACGAGAGGCUACACCAGCUGAAACGACUCCUUUGACCGUGUAGAACCUGUGUAGAGAAUGCGCGUGGAUGUGGAUUAUAGGAGAUGCUCCAAUGUAUGUAUCCUUCCUUGCCUUUGACCUUCUCGUUUGUUUGAGCUGAGGGAUGAGAUACUUAUGCAAGAGAUUUUUGAAGUAAGUUAAGCGUUUGUCAUGACUCUGG